AUGGGCCAAGUCAGCGUGGGCACAGGGCCACUUUGUCCUCUUGGGGCCAAUAAAGGCGCCUGUUGCCCUGGGUAGAGUGCAGGCACGGUAGCAGCAGGUGACAAAAGCUCAGCUCCAGGAGCAGGCUCCAGACGUUCCCCAGCCUGCCCAAAAAUGCCGAAGCUCUUGCAGCCCCUGUUGCUCCUGCUCGUCCUUGCUUCCACCGCCCAGGGACAGACUGGCACGGGCCCCAAGGUGCUGCAGCCGUGGCUCAUUGGCCUCACGGCCGUCGUCGUCUUCCUCUUCGUUGUCUUCGUCGUGCUGCUCAUUAACCGGCUCUGGAGUCUCAGGAAGAAGAGGAAGGAGAACGGCCACCCGGAGAGCCUGGAGACUGACAGGCUGGAGCGCUCCGGCCACGUCAACCCGGCUGCUGAGGACUGGGAAGAGCUGAGGGACGACAGGGAGCAGAACAAGCCCGCGGCCACGUCGCUCUGA